AUGGCAGAAUCAACUACGAAUAGAUUGACAUCAACCAAUGUUGGAGGAAAAAAUAUUGAUACCGAUGAAACCGUUAUAACUCAUUGUAUUUUUGAUAUGGAUGGUUUGCUACUGAACACGCAACAAAUUUCUAAUGAAGUAACAUCCGAAGUUUUAGCAAGAUUUGGCAAAACUUACUCGUUGGAACUCAAAUCACGUCUAUCAGGUCUUCGCAAACAUGAGUCUAUAGUUCUUCUAAUAAAUGAAACAGGUAUUGAUAUGACGCCAGAUGAAUUUAAUAAGGAAUAUGAGAAAAGGAAGCGACUCGUGACACAUUUGAAAAAGCAUCGAAUUCCAAUAGCAGUGGCAACGAAUUCGAGUCGAGAAAAUUUCAAUGACAAAGCUUCUAAUCAUAGAGAAUUAUUCGAUAUGUUUGAUAGCGUUACUUGUGGAGAUGAUGUCAAGAAUGGUAAACCUGCACCGGACCUAUUUCUUGCAGCAUGUGAAAAGAUGGGUAACCCCCCUACAAAUCAAUGUUUGGUAUUUGAGGAUACAAUUAAUGGAGUCAAAGCUGCAAAGAAUGCAAACAUGAAA